AUGUCCUACGUCCUCGACAUCCUCACGCCGCGCGGCCUUCUCAAGCAGUGGCAGCCUGCUUUGCUCACGUUCAAGGAGCAGACGCUGACGCUCGCUGAUGACAAGGGCAAAGGCAUCACUACGCUGCACGUCGCUGCUGCCCGCCCGCUCCCCGCGACGCCCAAGCAAACGCACCUUGUCGAGAUUUCGCCUGCCUCGGGCAACAAGACCUUGACCGUGGCGGUCACGACUGCUUUUUUGCAGUCGCAGCUCGUCGCCGUCGUCAACGCGGCUGCUGCCUCGCCAUCGUGGACGCUCCCGCCUGUGUCUCGUCUCGACAUGCAGCUGGCCGUCGCCGACGCCGUCCUCUCGACACCGUCGUCAUGUGAGCCGUGCGGCGUGACGGUCGACGACAUUCAAGACCACUUGCGCGGCAUGAAGACGAUCUAUGACGCCAUUGGCUGCAUUGAAUCGCCGGAAGCGCUGUACGAAUACCUCUUGGAGCUCGAAGCGGCGUACGUCGGUCAGCACCGGCAGCUGCAUGCGGCGGGCGGGCCGCGCACCGAGUCGUUCCCGCACACGGUGUACCAGCUGCACCCGCUUUUGUAUCUCCUCGGCACCAAUCCGUUCGUGCCAAAGGGGGAAGACAUCGAGCGCAUCCGGAGCAUCAUUGGCGUCUGCGUCGUCUGCAAGCGCGAGCUGCCGUCGUACUUGACGACCAUCAUGUACCUCCAACACCAGCAAGUGCAGUGCACCCACUGCAUGAACGACCUCGAACCGUGGUCCAACUACAAGACCCGGUACGAAGGCUCCACCGCGUUUGACGAGCCUCUGCGUGAUAUUUUGAGCAAGUGCCCGCACCGAUCGUGCCAGCGUCCGCUGACCAAAGACGAGAUGUUCAAGCUGCACCUUCUCGACGAGGCGAUUGCAUGCGGCGGCUGCAACAAGACGCUGCACUACGAGACGUUCCAGAUCGCAGCUUUUAUCCAGGAACAGGGCGCCAUCGAGUACAAGGCUGACAUGCGCGCCAACGGUAAGGUCGAGCAGCGUGUGGCCAUGCCCAAGGAGAUCCCGUCGGAUGGCCGCUGGGACAGCUACACGCUGCAGCUGCGCGAAGCGCUUGGUGAGGUGGCCAAGACCAAGACGACCGAAGGCGUCUUCCGCUUCCGCGAAGUCGUCUACGCAGCUCGACUCGACGUCUCGUCGCAGCCGCCGGGGGCGUUUUCGAUGGACCUCGUCCGGGGCAUGUACCGCCAGCUCAGCUUUGUCACCAAAGUCUGCGCCAACUUUGACUACUGGAUGAACCCGACGAUUCUCCGCGCGUCGAUCCGUCGCUACGAGCAGUUUGUGCACUUGAUCGGCAAAGGCGCGACCAAGAAGGGCCUCGGUAUCGUGCCCACCAUCGACAUUGACCUCGCUUGGCACACGCACCAGACGCACCCCUUGGCCUACCAAAAGUACACGACCAAGGUCGCCAAGCGCGUGCUCGACCACGACGACAGCGUCGGCGGCAGCGAUCUGCAUGCUGGCUACCUCCACACGUGCGUCGCGUGGUCCAAGCUCUACAAGCAGCCGUACUCGUCUUACGUGCCGCCCAGUACGACGCUCGAAGGAAUGGUCAAGGCUGGCGCCAAGGUGGCGCGAGGCGCGUCUCGCUUUGUGGGCGUCGAUGACCUUGAAGACGGCGCCGAGGGUCUUGCUUCGGUGGUGGGCACGCCCGUGUUCGAGUCGCGCUUCGCCCCGUCGCCACAACUGGAACUCUUGCGCCGCUGCGACGGGCUCGACCGGAAAAAGUACGCAGAAGACGCUGGCGGGUGUGUGCUGAAGGGCUGUGCGUCGGGUGGCUGCCAGAACAUCUCGUUCUAA